CUUUAAAUUAAAGAUCGUCUGAUCAUAGGAAGCCAGUGGUGCAGGUAGGAUAUUCUUUUAGCCGUGAUUCAUAAAACAGGAAAUCCAGUGAUGACGAGUUGAAAUUUAUGCAGAUAAACAACCAGAGUUUACAGCAAUGGUAUUUCAGCGGCUUGUUAUUCCCAUAACGGUAAAAACGUGACAGGUACAACAGAAGGAUAGUAGUCGGAAGGAAGGGAAACCUGUACUCCUCGCUUGCUUUCUUGAGACCAUGAUUGGUAGUGUUCGUUAGUAUUCGUCUAACUGUUGCAUCGGUUAGUUUGGUUACUUUGGUUUCUUCCAUAAUAUAUUUUUAAGAAGUUUUCAAAGGGACAGCGCAAAUCGUGGUCGUAUGCGACCAGCGCUACAUCCUUGAAGGCAUUAAGGGAGAAGUUACAAAAAUGGAUUGGCAAUGGUUCCACAUUUUUCUCAAUUACCUAAUUGUAACUACAGUUGCAGAAUCGUAUUACAGUAUAAUAGCUCCAAAAGUGAUCAGACCUGAUUCAGAAUAUCAUGUAGCAGUGAGUACCACUGGUGUAUCUACAACAUCAACAAUAUACAUUGAAAUAAAUGGAGUACUUGAUAAUGGAGAAGUAUUCAAUGUGUCUCAAGUUACAAACAUACAGCCAUAUUCUACAAGAAUCUUACAAUUUGAAAUUGGGGAUAUUAUACCUGGUAAAUACCUAGUAUCUGCGCGUGGCCUCUCAGGAAUAGAAUUUUCAAAUUCAAAACCCAUUGAAUAUAUACAUAAAAGUCACUCUGUAUUUAUUCAAACCGACAGAGCAAUUUAUAAACCAGGGAAUAAAGUUAUGUUCAGAUGUAUUUUAUUGAAUUCUAGACUGAGACCUUCGUUAGAUAGAUUAUCAGAUAUUUAUAUUAUGGAUGGGAAAGGAAAUAGAAUCAAGCAGUGGUUUCAUCCACCCUUAACACAUGGAAUUUUCAAUGGAGAAAUUGAAUUGUCAGAGUCACCAGUUUUAGGUGUUUGGAAAAUUAUCUCUAAUAUUGGCGAUCAAACUUUUGAAAAGGAAUUUGAAGUUGCUGAGUAUGUUCUUCCAAAUUUUGAAGUGACCAUUAAUGCUCCUAAACAUGUUACAUUCAAAGAAUCGAAGAUUACGGCAACAGUUUACGCUAAGUAUACUUAUGGUAAACCAGUGAAAGGAGAAGCUACAGUUACGGCGUAUCCAGAUAUUUUCUCUGGUGUCAUUCAACCAAUAUUUCAGCAGCCUGUGCGAAAAGUGCUUCCCAUUGACGGCAAAGUAGUAGUCGAUUUUGAUAUUCAUUCUGAACUUAAAUUAACCGAUGAGUUUGAAAGACCAGUUAUGAUUGAUGUUACAGUGGAAGAAUCUUUAACUGGUAGAACACAGAAUACCUCCAUGCAAAUAACGCUACACAACCGUAAAUACAAAAUGGACUUAAUAAAAACGUCGGAAUACUAUAAACCGGGUUUAAAAUAUACAGCAUAUAUGAAAUUGACGUAUCACGAUGGAACUCCAGUACGAGACGACACGAAUCCUGUUGUAAUAAUGUAUGGAUAUAAUUAUAAUCAAUCUACAUACACUAAUAUCACUCGUAUGUUGGAUAAAAAUGGAAUGAUACAGUUGGAUUUCUAUCCAUCAAAAACUAAGGAUAAUAUUUCCCUUUCUUUAAAUAUUGAGGCACAAUACUUAAAUCUUCACGAAUGGUUCCCUUCUACAAAUCAAGCUAUGUCUUUAAGUAACGAGUACAUACAAGCUGUAUUGAAAACUGAAAAGCCCACAGUCAAUCGAGAGGUUGAAAUUGAAGUAAAUUCUACAAGUCCAUUGAAAUAUAUCAGUUACGAGAUAUUUGGACGUGGUGAUAUAUUGGAUGCUGGUUCUAUUUAUGUACAAAAUAAAUACACAACAUCUUUUUCGUUUGUAGCAACAUAUGUCAUGGCUCCUACUGCACAUGUAAUUGUGUAUUACAUAGGAAAUGAUGGAGAAAUUAUUGCGGAUGCUUUGGAUGUAGAACUUGAAGAUGUACUUCAGAAUUUUGUUGAUAUCAAGGUUGCGCCUGAAGAAGUUGCACCAGGGGAAAACGUGAAUUUGAUCAUCACUUCAAAACCAAAUUCAUACAUUGGAUUAUUGGGUGUGGAUCAAAGAUCUAUUUUACUGAAGUCUGGCAAUGAUAUUUCAUAUGAACAAAUAUACAGAGAGUUAAAGUCGUAUGAUUUGGUACAGGAUUCACCUUAUGCAGAUUCAGUUUUUAAUAGAUUUUUAUGGAGCCCUGGUUCAGCUACCGCAAACGACGUUUUUAGGGAAAGUGGUGCUAUCAUUAUGACAAAUGGAUAUGUUCAUGAAAACUUUCCAAUUCGAUUACCAGGAAUAUUGGAAGGUAGAAUAACAGGCUCUCCUCACGGGGCAUCUACACUUCGACCAGAUCUUGGUCCACCUGUUACGCAUAAACUAGCAACACGACCACCAUUGGCAGGUCCUUAUGCCUUCUCUCGUAUUCCACCUCCUGUUUGGAACAAGCCCCGUGUAUUCCUAAUGCAUGACAUCUUAAACACCUGGCUUUUUACAAACUUCUCUUCAGGGUACGACGGAAGAAAUGAAUUGAAAAGGAAUGUACCUGAUUCAAUCACAUCGUGGGUGCUAACUGCAUUUUCUGUAAACGAUGUUCAUGGACUGGGUCUCAUCCAAGAACCACGAAAGUUGAAGGUUUUUAGACCAUUUUUCAUCAGUAUGGAUCUUCCUUAUUCUGUGAUCCGAGGAGAAAUUGUUGCAAUACAAAUUGUGGUAUUUAAUUAUAUGAACAAAGAUGUAGUAGCUGAGGUAUUGCUAACGAACGAAGGUCAAUUUGAUUUCGCAGAAAUGUCCAACGAAGUUCAUGACGUACCAAAAUUAGAAUUAUAUCGUAAGAAAAAAAUUAAUGUGAAAGCUAAUUCUGGCAGCACAGUAUCUUUUAUGAUUAUUCCACGAGAGCUAGGAUAUAUUGUAAUUAAAACAACUGCGAAUAGUGUCUUAGCUGGUGACAGCGUUGAACGUAAAUUGCUCGUUAAGGCUGAAGGAGAAACACAAUACAUAAAUAAAGCUACUUUCUUAGAUCUUAGAAGUACAAGCAGUAUGUCUACUAAUUUGACAGUAGACAUACCUAAAAAUGCUGUACCAGGUUCGGAACAUGUUGAAAUUUCUGCAGUAGGUGAUAUUUUGGGCCCUAGUAUUCUAAAUCUGGCAAACUUGAUCAAGUUGCCGUCUGGUUGCGGCGAACAAAAUAUGUUAAAUUUUGUUCCAAAUAUAAUGAUAUUAAAUUAUCUUAAAAGUACAAAUCAAUUGACGCAAGCAGUACAAGGGAAAGCUUUGAGAUACAUGGAAAUAGGCUAUCAAAGAGAGUUAACGUACAGGCACGAUGAUGGAUCAUUCAGUGCGUUUGGCAUGUCAGAUAGCAAUGGAAGCACCUGGCUUACCGCUUUUGUAGCGAAAGCUUUUAAGCAGGCUGCUGAGUACAUUCCAGUUGAGGACAGAAUAAUAGAUGAAGCUUUGCAAUGGCUAUCAAAUAAUCAGGCUCCAAAUGGAAGCUUUCCUGAAGUGGGAAGAGUUAGUCAUAGAGACAUGCAAGGCGGAGCUGCGAAAGGUCUUGCGUUAACAGCAUUUACUCUCAUUGCUUUUCUUGAAAACACAGAUUCUGCUGGAAAAUACAGAAAUACGAUAAUGAAAGGAAUUGAGUAUAUUCUUCGUAACAUAAAUGAAUUAGAUGAUGUAUAUGCUUUAAGCAUAUGCACAUACGUUAUAAAUUUAGCAAAACAUCCAUACGAGAAUGCAGCAUUUAAUUUGUUAGAAUCUAAAGCUAUGACAAAAGAUGAUCUUAAGUGGUGGAGUAAACCCAUACCGAAUAAUGACAAAAAUCCAUGGUAUUCCUUACCACGACCUGUAGACAUUGAAAUGACAUCCUACGCUUUGAUAACUUAUAUAAGGCGUAAUCUAAUCACUGAUUCUGUACCUGUAAUGAAAUGGCUUGUAAGACAAAGAAAUGCUGAAGGUGGUUUCGCAUCUACACAGGACACUGUAAUUGGGAUACAAGCUUUGGCAAUGUUAGGUGAACAAUUAGCAACAAAAAAUAAUACUAUUUCAGUUACGUUCACCUAUGAAGGAGGUGGACAGAGUCAUAUGAAUAUAAAUCCUGAUAAUUCCAUGAUACUUCAGAAGCAAAUACUUCCAAGGAAAACGCGACUGGUUAAUAUAACAGCUACUGGAAGUGGAUUCGCCUUAGUUCAAGUUUCAUUCCAGUACAACUUGAACGUAACUGGAGCAUGGCCUCUGUUUACAUUAGACCCUCAAGUGGACAAAAACUCCAAUGCUAAUCAUUUGCAGCUUUCUAUUUGUUCUGGAUUUGUGCCAACUAAAGAAGCAAAUGAAAGUAACAUGGUUGUAAUGGAAGUUAAUUUACCGUCUGGUUUUACCGUGGACAGAGAUUCGCUGCCUAGUUUAGAAGUAUCACAAAACGUGAAACGGGUUGAAACUAAAAAUGGAGAUACAGUAGUGAUAUUAUAUUUUGAUGAGAUGAAUAGAUACGAAUAUUGUCCUACGGUAUCUGCAUUUAGAACACACAAAGUGGCAAAACAAAAGCCUGUACCAGUUUCCAUAUAUGACUAUUAUGAUUCAUCAAGAAGAGCAAGAGUAUUUUACGAACCACGAAAGGCUACACUUUGUGAUAUUUGCGAGGAAGAAGAUUGCGAAGACUUGUGUGUUUCGCAACCUGGUAAACAAAAAGAUUCACAAUCCGGUGCUUCGUAUUUAUGUACAUGUAUAUACUUACAGUCAUUACUCGCGCUCUUUUACAUUACAUACUUGGAGUAUUUGUAAUUAUAGAUUUUGAUCAAUUCUAUAUGGCGUUCUUAUAAAGUUUUGUAUAAACAGCAGUUUAUCACCAAAGUAUUUAAGUACUUAUGUAUAUUGCAUAUGGAAAUCGAGCACAUCUAAUAUUUAAAUCUAUUUAAGUGAAUACUAUUUAAGCUUUAAAUGAACUAAUUCAGAGCCAUGCAAAAUUGAUAAUUAUAUACAAUUUAUUAAUUUCUACUUUCAAAUAUACCUGAAGUUAAGUUAAAUAUAUUAUACUUUAAUAGAUUAAGCAUUCACCCAUGUUUGUUGUAUACUGAUAUCUUUUAUGUUAUAAUAAAUACACCUUAUUGUUA